GCUUCCAUUUCUACUCAGUCUGGCUACAAGUCUAGUAUAACUCGGGAGAUGAUGAAGCCAAGAAGACCUGCGCCGUCCUUAAAGAAAGCAAUCAAGUUAAUAGUAAUUGUUGGACGGGUGUCAGGAAGGAAAGGUUUCGCGGCAGAGUGCAUGUUCGAUGACCAGGAUCUACUGAAUCACAUCUUGGUGGAGGAUGGCAUUUCCUUCAAUAAAGUAGAGGAGACGUGUGCAGCCGCACCCAAAUUCCGCUACAGUAACACAACAGUAUACAUGAUUCGGGACAGCAGGCAGAAGAGUCUGAUGCUGCAAGAAUACCAAGGAAGUGCCCACAUGGUGGCUUUGUUUUUACAAGGGAACAACCGUACCAAAGAAGCAAAGAUAAACAUGGAUGCCUACAGGUCUUCACCUUUCAAUGGACAGACACAGCCAGUUACAUUGGGUCUUGUAGGUCGCAACCUCUAUUUAUCUUGCGUAGUCGAAGAGGGAGACCAAAAUACUCCAAUCUUAUCACUAACGGAGGUCACAAACAUCCAGACAAAAGAGAGCAAUGACCUGAUGCCCUUCCUCUUUUAUAGAAGAGAAAACAUUUCUACCAGGAAGAACACCUUUGAAUCAGUUGCUUUCCCCGGCUGGCAUAUUUGUACCUCUCAGGCUGAAAACCAGUUUGUACAAAUGAAGCCACAAAGUGAUCAAGCACACAUCAGAGAUUUCCUGCUUUAUCCGCCCCAAUAAGCUCAGAACCAACCCAUGCAUGU